UCAGGCCCAGCCCUGGGGCUCCUCCUGUGCAGGCUGAGCACAGCAAUGGGGUGUCCCAGCUCCCUCUGUCCCGGGGAGCUCUGGGCAGGGCAGGCUGGCAGGAUGGGAAUGAGCUGACUCUCCUCCAGCAGUGCCAUGGACAGUAGCCCUGGUGUGUCCUGGGGAUGCCAUCCAAGCUGUGAGCUGCCUCCAGGGGACACUAGGGGACAGGAGUGUCCUUGGCCAGGAGUGGGGCUGAGACUCUGAAAAAGGAUGAGCCACUUUGCUCUGCUGUGGCCCCUCUGCUCUCAGCUGUGUCAGGCUGAUUUUAAGGGGAACACAGUGACUGUCCUUAAUCUCAGAAACGGCAGCUUGGGACAGAUAGAGGGACAGAGUAGCUCCCAUCACCCUUCACUGAGUUCCAGCCAAUGCUCUUGCACUGCACAGUUCUCUCUGAUCUCCCUCGGCACAACAGAAAACCCUCUCAAAAUUCCUUUGGCCAUCACAGUUCCUCAGCCCUGUAAAAGGAGAUACUGCCAAGCUCGUCUGCCUCAGGAGCAGUUUGGGCUGAUGAAUUCUAACCCCAGAACCGGCCCCUGUCCCUGUUCCCAUCACCCCACUGCUGCAGAGCAGAGCUGACCCCUCUGUGUCCAUGGGCAGAGCCCCUGCUUGUCACAGAAGUGGGGCCAGAUCCCAGCAGAGCUGUAGUCACAGGGCUGAAAGAAGGGCUCUGAAAAAAGGAAAAAUGGGUGGCACAGAGUGACAGGGGCAGGGCUGGGAGAAAGGGGUUGGGCAUUGCUCAGGAAAGUCUCCUCUGAGUUGUCACUGUCUCCUCCUUCAACAGGACUCCAUGGCCGGAGUGAAGAAAUGUCCAACAGCAGCUCCAUCAGCCACUUCCUCCUGCUGCCAUUGGCACACACGCGGCAGCUGCAGCUCCUGCACUUCUGCCUCUUCCUGGCCAUCUCCCUGGCUGCCCUCCUGGCCAACGGCCUCAUCAUCAGCGCCGUAGCCUGCGGCCACCUCCUGCACAGCCCCAUGUUCUUCUUCCUGCUCAACCUGGCCCUCAGUGACCUGGGCUCCAUCUGCACCACUGUCCCCAAAGCCAUGCACAAUUCCCUCUGGGACACCAGGAACAUCUCCUAUGAAGGAUGUGGUGCACAGGUGUUUUUCUUUCUGUUCUUUAUAUCAGCAGAGUAUUAUCUCCUGACCGUGAUGUGCUACGACCGCUACGUGUCCAUCUGCAAACCCCUGCACUACGGGACCCUCCUGGGCAGCAGAGCUUGUGCCCACAUGGCAGCAGCUGCCUGGGCCAGUGCCUUUCUCACUGCUCUGCUGCUCACAGCCAAUACAUUUUCCCUGCCCCUGUGCCAUGGCAAUGCUCUGGGCCAGUUCUUCUGUGAAAUCCCACACAUCCUCAAGCUCUCCUGCUCCAAAUCCUACCUCAGAGAAUUUGGGAUUACAGUGGUUUCUGCCAGUUUGUCAUGUGGUUGUUUUGUAUUCAUUGUUUUCUCUUAUGUGCAGAUCUUCAGGGCUGUGCUGAGGAUCCCCUCUGAGCAGGGACGGCACAAAGCCUUUUCCACCUGCCUCCCUCACCUGGCUGUGGUCUCCCUGUUCAUCAGCACUAUCAUGUUUGCCUACCUGAAACCCCCCUUCAUCUCCUCCCCAUCCCUGGAUCUGUCACUGUCAGUUCUGUACUCGGUGGUGCCACCAACCCUGAACCCCCUCAUCUACAGCCUGAGGAACCAGGAGCUCAAGGCUGAAGUGUGGAGACUGAUCAGUGGACAAUUUCAGAAACAUUUAAUGGCUGGAAAAUUUCUGUAAAUAAGUUGUAAUAAAGGUUGCCUUUGAUACUUCUUCCUGAUUUCGUUUUGGAGGUUCUUUUUCUGUGUUUUACUUUUUUAGUAUUGUCCACAAGGAAAGUCAUUGUUUGUGUCCUUUCUGAUGUUGUUUCUCUCCACCUUUGCUAUGGCUAAAGACUUUUUCAAUGAAGGGCUGUGCUCUCAGUUACUUUAAACCAACCUAAGAAUCUCUCAGGAGAGUUAUUUGCAGAGAUCCCCCUUUUGUUCCCUUCUCUGCAGCUGCAGCAGCAAUGUCUGUGUGCAGAGCUGGGGCAGAUCAGUGCUGGCACAGCAGCUGUGCCCAGCAGCAGCAGCACUUGGUGUUGCCAGUGCUGCUGCCGUGGCCCUGCCCCGCUGCCCUCCUGGCCCUGCUGUUGCUGUAGGGCCUGAGUGCUCUUGGGGCCGGGCACAGGGCUGGGGGUGGCAGUGCCGGGGCUGCAGCAGGGACAGGCCAUGGGCACUGCUGGGGCAGCGCUGACGCCUCAGGCCAGGGCCUGGGGGCUGCAGGCUCCUUGCCCAGGCUCUCUCCACAACAUGGCCAGGCCAAUGCUCAGCACAGAAAAGCCCCGUCAGCAGCCCCAGGCUGCCCGUGGGCAGGCUGGGGGCAAACAGCAUGGCUGGGGCUCUGCAAGGUCCCUGGGGGAGACGGGAAGGAGCAGCAGAGCAGGGGCUGAUCCAUCCCCACUGCGCUGGACACCCCAGGGCAGCGUCCCAGAGCGUCCUCAUGCACCUGCCAACAACAU